UAGUACGUAAUAAGUGUAUUUUUGAUCGUUGGACAAUUUCAAGUUUUCAACCAAGAGAGCGGUAGGUGGGCGGCGGCUGCACCGGGCCGCUCUGUUCCUUCCUUCCUCAUCCUCUUUUCCCCGUUUCGUCGCUCGUCCACGCCGUGGAGAGACCGCAGACCAGAGCCGUUCGCACCGCCAUUGCAGCUUGCCCAGCCAGGUGCUCGAGCGUUCCUGCUCGCCCGCGGCUCCUGGCCCUCCUCAGCAGCGAUGGCGACAGCGUUCUCAACGAAGCAGCCGCUGCGGGUCGCUACGCCUACAAACAAAUGGCGUCCAAGGUUGCCGCUAAUUAAAAUGCAAUAUUCGUCCAACAAACGAGCCAGUGCUUCCAUUUCAUUGCCAUCCAGUGCCGAGGGUGUGGAGAGAAACGAGCCCAUAGUCAAAAUGUGUGGCAUCACAUCUGCUAGAGAUGCAGAAUUCGCUGCAAAGGCUGGAGCUAAACUUAUCGGGAUGAUUCUUUGGCCCAAGUCCAAACGAUCUGUCCAACGGUCAGAAGCGAAGGAAAUAUCCAGAGUAGCAAAGUCAUAUGGGGCUGAAGCUGUUGGUGUGUUUGUCGAUGAUGACGAAGAGACCAUCUUAAGAGUAGCCGAUUCAUGCAACCUUCAACUUAUUCAGCUUCAUGGAGAUAGUUCUCGGGCACUAGUUCCUGCUCUUGCCAAGAACAACCGAAUUGUGUAUGUUCUUAAUGCUGACGCGGACGGAAAACUUAUCAAUUCCCCCCCCAGUGAAGAAUACGACAUUGACUGGUUUUUGGUGGACAGUGCAGAGGGUGGAAGCGGCAAAGGAUUCAACUGGGACAAUUUUCGAAUGCCAUCGGUGAAAAGCAAGAACGGCUGGCUGCUAGCAGGAGGCCUUCAUGCGGACAAUGUUUGCCAAGCUGCUUCCGCUCUAAAACCAAAUGGUGUGGAUGUUAGCAGUGGAAUAUGCUCUCCUGACGGUAUAAGCAAGGACCCGAAGAGGAUAUCGUCCUUCAUGAGAAGCGUGCAAUCCUUAAGUUCCCGACGAGGUCUCUAUUUAGACGCCCCAGGCUUAUUGUAGCUUCUUGCUUCAGUUUGUGAAGACAUUUGCAAAUAAGCUGUCCUGAAUGAUAGCAGUAAAUAAACAACUUUGAAGCGGAGUUCCAACUAUGCUUGUCUAAUGGUAGCAUUAGACCAGUUUCUGCCAUUUUACCUGUUAAGAUAGUAAGAUGGUCUAAAUGUAAGUCUUUUCCUGUUCGUCGCCA